UCUCCGUAGGGUUCAAGAUAUGGAGCGAACCUAUGUGACACAUGAACAGGGUGAGGUAGAUCUGGCGUGCACAUCACACAUUGUCACCUCGAGCUCACCAUCACAAACUUUAUAUCUAAACCAGCUACCACUAGUCCGACAGGCAUGGAUAAAGCCAGAGCCGAGAAACUGAGGGAGAUCCGAAAGUUGGCGGCCGGCCAUAUCCUUGACUGCACGUUCAUCUCCGAGGACCAGGAUGCGGUGAAGGCUGUCAUCCAACAUCCGGGCAUGGUUUCCGGCGACUAUGACGUCAAUGGUCAACCCAAACUUUGGCAAAUGAUGAGGCUGAUGGGAGCGGCUAGAUUCUUCGCUCACUCCCACCCUCUAGACCAAUCAGGCAGAACGUUCAGAGAUUUUUCAAAAAUGUCCAGUGAUAGGAUGACAUUCAUGAUUUCUUCAGAAAUAAUUUUCUACAAAGAACUUUACGAUUUCUCCAUCAAAAAAACACCUCUUCGAAUGCAUGUUCUAGGAGGAUACAUUGGAAGCUCGUCUCUAAACACGAUCACCAAAAUGUUUGAUUCGACAGAAAAAGUCUUAUUAUCGUCAAGCGUCACACAGGUCGUGAGCAUCGAUAGAGAGACACGGCGACCGAAACCACUUCCGGAUUGGUGGCGGGAGAAAUACGCCGCGUCAGCGAAAGAACACGUUUCCCUGAAAUUUGACAAGAUGGCGCGUCCAGACAAUGCUAGUUCGUAUGAGUGUCACGUGUCCUGGAGCGAUACGGACGCUUAUUGUCACACAAAUUGGGCGUCAUACGCCCGUUAUGUCGUUGACGCCGCGCACCAUUCAUCACGUAAAGGCGAUUUGCCACCUUUCGAGGAGAAUCUGACGAAAGGUCUACACAGAAUAGAGCUACACUAUUGUGGCGAGAGUUUUAUGGGCGAUACUCUCACUGUUUAUUCUUGGGAAGAUCAGAACAAUCUAAACAGUCUUUACUUCGAUCUAUGCAAGGCCGAUAAAUCAAUAUUCCAAUGUAAAUUUCACUUUUUUGACAGCUAGAAUGUAAAGGUACUUGUGCGUUUCUUAAAACUAGUCAUAUCGGAGAUCAAGAGAGUUUUUUUCUAUAUAGUUGUUGACUCAUGUUGGGGUGACAUGAGGAUUUAUAUCCAAGAGAGAUGCUAUCAUCUGGUACAUUGCUCUUGUGUUGUUGUUUGUUAUGAUGUAUCUGUCAAGUGAUUAAAGAGAAGUUGGUUCAAGUUUUCAAACUAUAAACAAAUCUUUGUUAUGAAAAUCUUCAAUAUGGCUGUUCAAUCAUUGAUCAUUGACUUACAUGCAGAAUAAGUGCACAUUGUUCGUAAUUCAUAAACAAAAUCAAAGAACAGCUAGGUGACUUGUAAAACUCGCUUGAACGUGUCCGAAAACAAAACAUUCAGUAAUAAAACGAGAAUGACGUCACAGAAGGGCGAUUCUGAGCGGGGAUUGGGGCAAAAUAAAAAAUCCAAAUUGUGCUGGACUCGUUUUUCACCUCGUAUGAUUCGCCUAGAACAGAUCACGUGAUAGGGAACAGUAGUUAUAUUCUCCAACAGAAAUUGUUUUUUUCUUUCUUGUUAAAAAUUUGGUCAUAGUCGCAAUUGGUAUCACCUGGUCAUACGUAAUAUGUAGUUUUUAAUCUGGAUUCUGUUUAUAUUUCUCUAAUAUCAGUUCUCGAAACACGCGUCUACACAUUUAAUGAGGUCUAAAAGGUCAAACGAGUCUUUCGGCAACAGUUUCCCGAUUCCCCUGGAUUGUUUUAGGUUUACAUGUAACCAGAGAUUUAAAUUAUUUUAAGUAAUUUCUUUAUUUGUCAAAUUGUUCUGAUGUAAUCGUAGACUUCAUUACCUGCCACAUUGUGUGUGUCAUUUCUCCCCUUAGCUUUCGAUCAGAGAACUAUUUAUUUCGGAGUUAAAGCUAUUCUGUUAUAAUUUAAUUCUGUUUGAAACAAGCAUUUCUACUGGUUUAUUGUUUUAUGUUAUCAGCUCAUAACAUAAAGAAAAAUGAUGAAAGUGCUAUACUUUCGAACGAAAGAACUGUUACAAGCGUUUUGAUUGGAUGAUGUUAACACUUUCGUUAUGACGUCGGCGUAUUGAUUGUUUUAAUUGAUUUUGAGUAUUGCAUCAUUUGAUGCGUGAUUUAUUAAAUUUAAUGUUU